AUGACAAAAACAGGUAUUGCGUCACUUCGCCCAACGGAAGCUUCGCCUUUGCCUCGAACCAAGUCACUUCGCCGUCAGCGUAGUGAGAAACCGCAGAACCCAGUUCAACUGCAAGCAUUCGAAUGGAACUUGCCUGCAGACCACAAGCAUUGGAAGAGACUACAACUUGUGUUGCCUGCACUCAAAUCUGUCGGCAUCAACAGCCUUUGGCUACCGCCAGGCAGCAAGGCAAAGGACCCUGAAAGCAACGGCUACGACAUCUACGACGCGUGGGACCUGGGAGAAUUCAACCAGAAAGGAUCGGUGCCUACGAAAUGGGGUACCAAGGAAGACCUUGUAUCUUUGGCAGCAGAUGCUGAGAAGAACGGUAUUGGACUUGUCUGGGAUGCAAUCCACAACCAUCGCGCGUAUGCAGACAGCACUGAAAUGGUAAAGGUGGUGGAGGUGGAUCCUUCCGAUAGACGAAGAGAUAUCACAGAGCCCUACGAGAUUGAGGCGUGGACCAGGUUCAAUUAUGAAGCGAGAGGCGGCAAGUACAGCAAAUUCACGUACAACAAAUCGCACUUCAAUGGCACGGACUGGAACCAGAUCAAUAAGAAAAGAGCAAUCUACAGAUACGUAGAAGGCGGUAAGAACUGGCACCAAGACGUUGGCACAAGCCAAGGCAACGCGGACUAUCUGAUGCUCGAGAACCUCGACUACACCAACCCUGACGUGGUGAGGGAGCAGCACCAAUGGGGCCGUUGGAUCGUGGGCGAGCUUGGACUCAGAGGCUUUCGUAUUGACGCCGUCCAGCACAUCUCAUGGAACUUCAUCAACGAGUGGGCCCAAUUGCUCAGGAAGCGGGGCAGUCAAGAGCUGAUGUUUGUUGGGGAAUUCUGGCAUGGAGAUGUCCGUGUCUUGACCAACUGGCUAGAUCACAUGCAUUCCUUCUUCAGCCUCUAUGAUGUACCGCUGAUGUUCCGCCUCGCAAGGCUUUCAUGGCAUACAGACACGGAUCUCAGAGAGGUGUUCAAGAACACGCUGGUGGAGCAACGGCCUCACAACGCAGUGACUUUUCUUCGCAACCACGACACCCAGAAAGGCCAAGCCAUGGAUACUCCAAUAUGUACCGAAUUUAUGCCUCUCGCAUACGCUCUCAUCCUUCUCAGACACGAAGGACACCCCUGCGUCUUCUUUGGAGACCUUUACGGAACCGGGGGUCUCCACCAUGAAGCCCCUGUCCAAAAUUUGCCAAACCUUCUAUUGGCUAGGAAACUUUACGCAAAUGGGAAGCAACAAGACUACUUCGAGAGGCGAAGCUGCGUCGGUUGGGUUAGACGUGGGUGUGAGGAGAGACCUUAUGGUCUCGCUGUCGUCAUGAGUUGGUCAACGAACGAGAACCCUGACACCCGGCUUUGCAUGGAAGUUGGCGAAGAGCAUGCUGGGGAGGUCUGGACUGACGUUCUAGGACUGGAGUCUGCAUCUGUCAAGAUUGACCAGCACGGUUUUGGUCUCUUCUCCUGCCAAAAAAACAAUAUGGCAUGCUUUGUUAGCAAUAAUGCCAAGAGGAGGAAGUUUCCCGUCAAGUUCAACACUGAUUUCCAAAAUCUACUAGAAUAG